AUGGUAGGGAUGACUCCAGCUGUGGCAGGCUAUUUGCACAAUGAUGGUGGCUGUCUGGCAGUGCCAAUGGUGGUGGUGACUGCAGGAGUUGCAGUCGCAGCAGCUGCCCACUUGGCUGUGGUGUCCACAGUAACAGCCAGUGCAAUUCCGGUGUCUGAAGUGUCAGCGAGGUUACCUUGCAGCUGCAGCAGUGGUAUCAGCAAUAGCAGCUGUAACUGCCUCCCUAGAAUCUGCAGUGCCCUUGGUGGCACCAAGCCAAUAACUACAACUAGUUCAUCAAGUGAACUUGUAUUACCCCUACAAGCUGUGUCCCUUCCAAGUGAAAGAGUACCUGACAUACUUGAAUAUUUUUCUCCAGAAUGGCUCAACACUCCAAGUAGUGAAGGAGCAGUUAUGAUGCGACAUGAUGAAGGAAACGAAUCUGAAACAGAAAUUUCUGAUACAAAAGGUUCUGAAACUCCAGCUGGUUCUUUGGACUCUAAAAGUCUCCAAUGCCUAACAAUAGUUGAAAGUGACACCCCCCUUAUGGACUCUGGCUCUGAAAGAUGUGUGAUUGAUUCUGACUCUGAUAGAGGCAUUAGUUUGGAUUCUGACUUAGAACAUUCAAAAGAUUCUGACUCAGUAAUAUGGGGAAUGGACUCAGACUCAGAAAAAUGUCCCAGUGACUCAGACUCAGUGAAACAUCUGCUAGAAGCAGAAAACUAUCAGAUGAUUUCAGGCUCUGCAGAAGACCCGAUGGAGUCAAAGCAACACCUGGUAGGAGUUGAACAGAGCCAGGUGGACUCUGACUCUCUGAAAGACUGGAUGGACUCAGGUUCAGAAAAAGACUUGGUAGAUUCUGACUCUGCAGAAUAUCAAAUGGUCUCUGACAAUGAAAAAUCAGGGGUAGACUCAGACUCAGAAAAAUGCCCCAUGGCCUCUGCAUCUGUGAAACACCUGCUGAAGGCAGAAAAACGCCAAAUGGCCUCAGAUUCUAUAAAACGCCUAAUUGAAUCUGAAAAAAGUUUGAUGGAGAUGGAAAAACUUUGGAAGGUCUCUGGUUCUGAGAAGUAUGUGUUGAACUCAGACAAAGAAAGUGGUAGAAUGGACUCUGCUUCCGCACCUGCAGUAUAUCUGAAAGAAAAACACCAGGAGAAGACUAGUUCUGAGAAAUAUAUGAUAGACUCUGACUCUGGACCAUGUGGGAUGGACUCAGACUCAGAAAGAUAUGGACUAGCCUCAGCAAAUGUGAAAUGUCUCAUGGAUCUUAAAACAUUCCAGUUGAGCGCUGACACUGAGGGGCUCUGGAUGGAUUCUUGGUCUGAAAGACGUACAAUAGACUUAGACUCUGAAUGCCUAGGGAUGGCCUCUGAUUCUGUGAAACACAUGAUGAAGACUGAAAAGUACCAAAAGGCCUCUAACUUGGAGAGUUUCUGUAUAGGCCUUGGGUCUAAAUCUGAAAGAUGUCUCAUGGACUCUGAAAGAGAAGAGUUGAACUUUGUCUAUGAUAGAUACUGGGAUAGUUCUAGAAAAUAUAAGCAUAGGUCUAUAGGACUUCAGGAUAGCUCUGGAAGAUGUCAGGAUGACCUUCAAAAACAUUGGGAUAACUUUGAAAGACAUCAAAUAGACUCUGCUUCUAGAAAACAUCAAACAAAUUCUGAAAAGGAAAGGCAUCAAAAUGAGUUUGAAAGUGAAAGACACCUAAUGGAGAAAGAGAGGGAACAGUGUCUGAUACAAUUUGAAAAUAAGAGACUUCAAAUGGAUGAAGAGAGGGGAGGACAUCUCAAAGAGUCUGACAAUGAAAAAGAGCACAGGAUUGAAUGUGACAGUGAAAGACACCACCUUGACUCAGAAAAUGAAGCACAACGGCUUGGUGCUCGCAAAAAGGAUAAUCGUCCUCUAGGUUUUUGGAGGCCCAUAUUCCAGACUUCUCUUCUUGGCCAGGGAAGGCAAACUGAAGAACAACACUCUAUGCAACAAAUAGAUAACAAAGUUUCCAGAAUUCAACUUCUGAAGUACCUGAGUGAUGACAAAAUUGUGAGAUUCAAAAAAGAGUCUCCAACUCUCAGUGACAAGCAAGACUCAAAGCCAAAGUUAAAGGAAAAGUGCAGCCACAACCUUUCUCCAGACCCAAACAUAUUCAUGGAUAACAAGCAUCAUAGAAAUGUCACCUGUAAAACUUCUGUCUAUAAGAGCCUUUUUAAGGACUACAAAUAUGCACAUAGUUUUCAGAGUUCUGCAUCUCCAGUGAAGCCUAUUCAUUUCCUAAGUGCUAAGGGUUACACCUUUGAAGUUUCAACGCCUGUCUGCGACCCAGCUUCCAUAAGCCCUAGGCCUGUUGUACGCCCUAAGACUCACAGAUACAACACACAUUCUUUGGACAUAGGAUCUCAAAUAUGUUUCAGAUGUUUGGUGAAAAUCAAUAACUCUCCUUUUCAUGAAUGCCUCAUUAAUUCUGAUGAUGAUUCAGACCCUGACCGUUCUUUACAUCUCCAAAUUCCUUCAGAUUCUAAAUAUUCUCUGAGCCCCAAGUCUGUUAGACACCACAAGACUUCUCGGAACAGGGCUUUAUCUCGAUCCCUGGAUCCUAAGCAUCCUGUAGGCAGUCGCUGUCCUCUACGUUGGGAAGAUUCUAAAUAUUCCCUGGGCUCAACUUCUUAUUUGCAUUGUGAAAGUUGCUCAGCUCUCCAAAAUCUCCUAUGUUCCACUAUUACCUGUACCCUUCCGACGAACCCCCAAAAUAACAUGGGCCACUAUAGUGCCCCUGACCCAUUCAGUGUCAUCAAUACCAGCAAUGUUGCUGGCCUUGAAAGUGAGGGCAAGUUCAACCUUGCUUUCAAGCUGAAAAAUGAAGCCAGUCCUGACAAUGACACUAAACCGGUUGGUUCUGACAAUCUCAAUGAUAAGGUCAACACCAAAAACAGAACUCUUCCCAAAGAUGAGACAGACCAUGAAGAUGAGACAGACUCUGCAGAUGAUACAAAUGAUGAUGAUGAAACAGACCCUGAAGAUGAAGAUAACACCAGAGAUAAGAAAGAUCCCAGUGAUAAGUCUGACCCUGAUGAUACUGAUCCCAAAGACAGCAACACUGAAAAUGAUGCUGAUACCAACAGUGGAUCUGAUCCCAGUGGUGAUGCUGGCCCUACAGGUGGAUCUGAUUCUAACAAUGAUGGUGACCCCAACAAUGGAACUGACUCCAACAGUGUACUUGACUCUAACAUUGAUAAUGCCACUAACAAUGACACUAACUCCAAAUACAGCACUGAUCUUGAGGAGGAUUCACACACCAACACUUUAGAUGAUGCUUCUGGUCUAUACAGUGGGGUUGAUCAGGACAGUACUGCUGACCCCAGUGAUGGCACUAAUCCAAAAUACACCUCUAGGCCCCAGAAUGAAACUAUCCUGGAUUACACUUCUGGUUUCAACAGUGGUACUGGCCCUAGCAAUGCCACUGGGCCUGGCAAUGAUAUUUGCCCCAGCAUUGGUCCUGACCCCCAGAAUAUCAGAUCAGGUACCAACAGCCCUGGCCCCAGCAACAAUGGCACUAGCCCCAACAACAGCCCCAGCCCCAACACCAAUAGCCCUGGCUCUGAAAAAGACCCUGACUCUAACUAUAGUGCCAGCCCUAGUAAUGUCACUAGUAACAACAAUGCUAUUAAUCCUCACAGUGAUGCUGAUCCCAACUAUGGUAUAAGACCCACAAGUGCUGCUGGCCACAACUAUGCAGCUGCCCCAAACUAUGACUCAGACCUUAACUAUGUACCAGGAUUUCCUCAUGAAAAAGUUUCUAGCUUUGUAGUAAACCCAAACUCUAUUGCCAGAAACAGCUAUGUUGCCAGACCCAGCUCUGCAGGUAGCUCUGUCAAUGCCACUGACACCAGCAACACCACUGGUAGUUACAGUGGUGCCAUUAAGUCUAGAGCACCUCUAAAUUUUCUGAUCCAGCUAUGCUUGGUAGAAAUUAUACAAUUUUUGACGACCACAAAUUUGGUGCUCACUUCAAAGACUGCUAGACUUAAGCAUGCCACUGAGUGCAAGGAUGUUCUUGAUGCCAAGUAAUCUGGCUUAAAAAGAUUUCCUUGGGUCCAGAAUCUCAUUGGUAUCAAGGAUCCUGCCAGUUUAAACUUUCAUGCCAAUCCAAAUAUUCCACUCCCUAGUUUUGACAUUAUAGUAGAAGCUGAACCACCAGAUGUUGUGAAGUUUGCCAUAUCAUCAGGUGCUUUGAAUUAA